GAGCUCGGCCUCCUCCUCCUGCUGGCGGACGAGUUUGCAGAGCUGGCAGCCAGGGGGGGCAAGCAGGCGCUGCAGAUGGGCACUGUGGAAUGGGAUAAAAUCAUGUCCGCCCUGCAGGACCUUGCGACCGCCCUCGGUCUCAAGCAGCGUUCGCGUAGAUACCUCAGACAGUUCUCCGAUCUCUACAGCUUCUCCAACUGCCAGGGCUACCGCGUUGACAUACUCAGAGCGUCGAUGGCAUUGACGGCAGUUGUCUGGGUCAACGGAGAGGCUUUCCAGCAGAGCCCAAAGAUAAUGUAG